AUGAGCAAAGCAGCUGCCGUCAAGGAGGCUGUCAAGGAGAGCCUCCUUGGCGCCGAGGAGCCCGUCCAGCUGUCUGCGCAGACCAAGGCGAGAUUCGUUGCCAAUGCUGUCAAGGAUGAGGCGUCAGGAGAGCUCUACAUGGGCCCUGACGAGUUCACCAAGGCUGUUGCGCCCGAGGAUGAAGACUUCCACAAAAUCAAGCGGGAGCAGUACGGAAUUCUCUUCGGCAUCGCCGACCGCAAGGGUUCCGGCAAGAUCACCCUCUCCGAGUGGGCCGCCUUUGAGAACCUCCUGAUCAAGCCCGAUGCCGAGUACGAGAUCGCCUUCCGCCUCUUCGACGUCGAUAGAACCGGCAAUGUCAAGUACGAGGACUUCCGAAAGCUCUAUGAGCUCAACAAGGGCCCCGACAGCAUUCCCUUUGACUGGGAGUGCGAAUGGGCCAAGUUGUACAUUGGUAGCAAGAAGAAGCGCCACCACAUGGACUACCCUCAAUUCUCCCAGAUGCUGCGUGGUCUGCAGGGCGAGCGCAUCCGCCAGGCUUUCCAGCUAUUCGACAAGGAUGGCGAUGGAUUCAUUGACCCCGAGGACUUUGAGCGCAUCAUUCGCGAGACUUCCAAGCACAAGCUCUCUGACCACCUUCUCGAGAAUCUGUCAACUCUUUGCAACAUCUCGCUCGGAAGCAAGGUUUCCUAUGCCAACGUUCGCGCCUUCCAGAACAUGAUUAAGGAGAUUGAUCUGGUUGAGCUCAUCGUGCGCCGUGCUUGCGCCAAGAGUUCCGACGGCAAGAUCACAAGGACAGAAUUCCUUAACCAGGCCGCCAAGAUCACUCGCUUCUCCCUCUUCACCCCCAUGGAAGCCGACAUUCUCUUCCACUUCGCCAGCCUUGACGAGCCCUCUGGUCGCCUUGGCCUCGGCGACUUUGCCAAGGUCCUCGACCCAUCAUGGAGAAACGCUGCCUAUGAGGCCGACGAUGCUGCUUCCCAGGUUCUUGCCAAGGGCGCUGGAGCUUCCAAGGCUGUUCUCGCGUCGAUCCUCGAAUCCGCAUACAACUUUGGUCUCGGUAGUUUGGCAGGUGCCUUCGGAGCUUUCAUGGUCUACCCCAUUGACCUUGUCAAGACCCGUCUCCAGAACCAAAGAAGCGCCAGACCAGGAGAAAGAUUGUAUAAGAACUCGAUCGAUUGCUUCCAGAAGGUGUGGAGAAACGAGGGACCCCGAGGCCUCUACUCGGGUGUUGUGCCCCAGCUUAUUGGUGUUGCGCCAGAGAAGGCCAUUAAGCUGACGGUGAACGACAUUGUGCGUACAUACUUCACCAACAAGGAGGGCAAGAUCUGGACUGGCCAUGAAAUCCUUGCUGGUGGUACUGCUGGUGCAUGCCAAGUCGUCUUCACGAACCCCCUCGAGAUUGUUAAGAUUCGUCUACAGGUCCAGGGUGAGGUCGCCAAGACUGUCGAGGGUGCCCCUAAGAGGUCGGCUAUGUGGAUUGUGCGCAACUUGGGUCUCGUUGGUCUCUAUAAGGGUGCCUCCGCGUGCCUGUUGCGUGAUGUUCCCUUCUCGGCCAUCUACUUCCCUACCUACAGCCACUUGAAGAAGGAUCUCUUUGGCGAGUCUCCAACAAAGAAGUUGGGCGUUGUCCAGCUGCUUACUGCUGGUGCCAUUGCUGGUAUGCCCGCUGCCUACCUCACCACCCCGUGCGACGUUAUCAAGACUCGCCUUCAGGUCGAGGCUCGCAAGGGCGAGGCUACCUACACUGGUCUCCGUCAUGCUGCCAAGACUAUCUGGAAGGAGGAGGGCUUCCGCGCCUUCUUCAAGGGCGGCCCUGCCAGAAUCUUCCGUUCUUCCCCGCAGUUCGGUUUCACUCUUGCCGCCUACGAGGUUCUGCAGAACGUCAUCCCUUAUCCCGGCAAGCCUGAGAGCUCCAAGGUUCACACCGGUGUUGGCGAUGCCAUCUCUACCCUGAAGGAGAAGCUCGACACUAGCCCCUUUGCCCGCAGCCGCAACGCGCUCAAGAUCAUCUUGGAUAUUGAUGAGGACUUUGGAAAGGUCAAGGUCCCUAGCCAAGAGAGUUGGAAGAAGCUUCCUGCCUUCAUGCAGACGAACGGAAACGCCUCUUCAUGA